GUUAUCUCGCGAUAAGUCUCGAUGCAUUCCGCAAUUAACGUCUCAAAAAACAGACAUUCGGCAAAGGUAUGAUGUACGUGUCGAUCGUGUACAAACACAUGCAAUGAGGUUAGGACGUGCGUGGCGCGCGAUUAGGUUAUGUCAGGUCGCCAAACGAGCGCGACACGGUAUAUUGUGUCUGCAGACGCGGAGCUGUCGAAUUAUGACAAUCGUUCCUGGAUUGCCAUCGGUUCUAUGGAGGGCUGUGCAUCUCACUCGGAACUUCAGUUGGGAUCGCGUGACACGUGACAUUUGGAGGUUCGGCCAGUACCGAGGGUACGGUAGGAGGUUCGAGGAACUCGACAAUACCGUGAAGAAGCCGCGGCCAAAGACGGUGCCAGUGCCAAAGAUCACCCUCGUGUCACCGGAUAACUCGAUCACCGUGACUGUAUUGGAGGAAGCCCAACGUUUGGCGAAGCGGCGGAACUUCACCCUCGUCAAGGUCAGUGACCUUGAGAACAAGACGCAGCGACCGCUUUACAAGCUGGUGAAUAGCACCGACAUCCUCGAGAAAACCGACACUAUUGAAGCGACUCAAGAUGCUGACGAAACUAUACAAAUCAAAUCGAAUAAAUAUACUAAAUUGCUCUAUGUGUCUGCGAAAAUUGCUGAGCAUGAUCUACGAACAAAGAUGAAGAACUUGGUGAAGCUUUUGAUUAAGGGGUACAAGACGAAAGUCAUCAUCACUUUGGAUGGCGUCGAAGGGCAAAAACGGAAGAUCGUCCGUCAUCAAAUAGCUCGAAGAAAUCUAUGACAAGUACUGGAAAUAAAAUCAAGAGUAAAAUUCCAACAACUCAUUUUGGACGGAAUGCCAUGCAAGUACGUUAAUUAUUUGACA